CCGUAUAUUUUAUUGAUGAACACGGUCUCACUGAGGCUGUGAUUAAAUUUGUUUUUUUUUCGACAUUUCGUGAAAAAUUCAGAAAAUAUGCCCAGAGAAGAGACCAAAUCCCGGCGACGGAGUCGGGAUAGAAGGAGCAGGAGUCCCGAGCACAAAAGCAGUCGGGACAGGCAUCGUGAGAAGGAUAGAGAGCAGGAACGUGAACGCAACCGCGACACAACGCACGACAAAGACAGGCAGGAGCGUGAGCGGCGUCGGGAGAAGGAUAGUGGCCACAGUGAGAGAAGCAGCCACAAGAGCAGCAAAAAGCGUCGCUCCUUAACGCCACCAACCCAAUCGAAAUCGCCAUUGGCCAUGAGUUCCGUGAAGCUGCUGCAAUCGCUCGAGGCGCGUCGCCUGCGCGAUCAGGAAGAGCGCCAGGCCCGCAAGGAGGAGCUGAAGGCCCAGGAGACACCCGAAGAGAAGCGCGCACGCCGUCUGCAGGAGAAGCAGGCCAAAGAGCAUCGUCGCCGCGAGCGCAUGGGUUGGGACAACGAGUACCAGACGUACUCCAACGAGGACAAUCCCUUCGGGGACUCCAACCUAACCUCGACCUUCCACUGGGGCAAGAAGCUGCAGGUGGAGGGUCUCUCGAAUCUAUCCACCAAAACGGUGGAGGUACUAUCGCUGCAAAAGCAAAUGGAGAACCGCCGGGAGCUGGAAAAGGUGAAGAAGCGCCGGCAGGAGCGUGAGCUGGAGCGGCAGGUGCGCGAUGACGAUGCUAUGCAGCAGCAGCGGGCCAAGGAGGCGGUCCAGUUCCGCGAGUGGCAGCGCCAGGAGGAUCAGUUCCAUCUGGAGCAGGCGCGCCUACGCAGCGAGAUACGGAUCCGUGACGGACGGGCGAAACCCAUCGAUCUGCUGGCCCAGUAUGUGGCCGCUGGCAACGCCCCGCUCGAGGAGUCGCUCGAGAUGCAAAUGCACGAGCCGUAUAUGCUGCUCCACGGCCUGCCCAUGGAGGAGCUGGAGGAUCUGCUGGUGGACAUCAAGGUGUACGAGGAGCUGGAGCAGGGCAAGCAUAUCGAUUUCUGGAACGACAUGGUCACCAUUGUCCAGGACGAGCUGCAGAAGCAGCAAAAGCUCCACUCGGACGCCAGUGCGCUCAACCAGCGACGCGACGGCAUCCAUCAGAGUGUCGUCAAGGACGUGGCGGACAUCUUUCGCGGCAAGAACGCCAAGCAGCUGGAGGAGAUGCGUGAGCGCAUCGAGGCCAAGAUCAACAGCCGCGCCGACGGCGUCGACAUCAGCUAUUGGGAGAGCCUGCUCUCCCAGCUAAAGGCGCACAUGGCUCGGGCCCGUCUCCGGGAUCGGCAUCAGGCCCUGUUGCGCGAGAAACUGCUGCUCCUCAAGCGGGAGAAUGAGGACGAACUGACGGCUGGUGUCGGCGAGGAUCAAUCCUCUGCAGUAAAGGAGGAGUCAAGGCAGCAGGCCCCCGAGACGGAGGAAGAAGCUGCCGCCGCACCAGCGGCAGAGGAGGCGGCGGCUGCUGCCGAGGAGCAGCGAUCGCUCUCCGCUGGAGAAGAUGAGGACGAUGACGACGAAGACGAUAGACCGCUGAGGGAGUUGCUCAAUGCCGCCCGCCUCUACCAGGCCGGCAACUACAGUCCGCCGUACAUCAGGGAGGAUGACUUUACCGGCCGUCGGAUACAGGCCGGCGACCGAGACGACAAUGACGAUGGCGCCAUGUACGAGGAGAGCGACGAUGAGAGCCGGAUCCAUCGACAGCGUAUGCUAAUCGUCUGUCCCGAGCGCGUGGAUGCAUCGUCCUCGGGCAAGCAGCAGCAGCAGCUGUCCGCGCAGGAGCAGCGCAUGCGGAACGAGGCCCGCCAGGGGAUGCAGGGCGACGAGGCCGAGUUCAGCGUGGAGACCACCCUGGAUGCCGUGCCCCAGCUGGCGACGGACAAGUAUCGGCCGCGCAAGCCGCGCUACUUUAAUCGCGUCCACACGGGCUUCGAGUGGAACAAGUACAACCAGACGCACUACGACAUGGACAAUCCGCCGCCGAAGAUCGUCCAGGGCUACAAAUUCAACAUCUUCUAUCCGGACCUGAUGGACAAGUCACAGACGCCGCAGUACUUCCUCACACCCUGUGCGGACAAUGGGGACUUUGCGGUGCUGCGCUUCCACACGGGACCGCCGUACGAGGAUAUUGCGUUCAAGAUCGUCAAUCGGGAGUGGGAGUUUAGCUACAAGCGGGGAUUCCGCUGCCAGUUCCACAACAACAUCUUCCAGCUGUGGUUCCACUUCAAGCGCUAUCGCUACCGUCGCUGAUCCCUUGCUCUACAGAUGCACACUAUUCUUUUUUGUUUGUUUAAUCUAGGAAUAAAUCUAUGCACACUCCUUCUGUAUCCGAA